UUGUGGUCAAGUCCUAAAGUUUUGUGGUGCAAGGUUCAAACUUUUGAAUCUGCAAUUGUGUUUGUUAGUAAAUGCCAUACAUGUCAAGCAGACUAUUAAGACAGCAUGGGUUCGUUUGCUCGUUGAGUCUUUGUAGACUUAACCAGCCUAACUCGUUUAAUAACCAGCCUAACAUGCUUCUAAGGGUGUGGUCUUAACACAUCUUAACCUUUUUUUUUUGCUUCAAUUAUCAAUUGGCAUUCUUAAUCAGCAAAAACAUAUAUAUGUAACUAGUCUAUAUCUCUUGCGUUAAUAUGCAUGAUCUUCGUAUAUAUAUUUUUGUAUCCUCGCGUUCGUCCACGUCGUGUGGUAGUUGGUAGACAUUUAAAAUCAGUUUCUACAAUUGGAUUUCGUUUCUAAACGUAGGGGAACAUUCUAUCUCUUAUCUUUUUCAUGUGAAAACAGUUUAAAUAGGUCACCCACUACAUUUUUUUGUUCUGUAUUUCACUGACUUUUGCCACUAAAAGCAAUUUUAGAUCGAUAGUUGAGAGGAACCGAUUCAUAUUUAGAUAUAUGGAAAAUUAUUUUACUUUUAAAAAAGAAACGACUUUUGUAGACAAUUUUUAUUGCUGGUAAGUGGUAACUAUCAAUUUACUUUGGACAAAAAAGAAAUAUAUAAAUAUAUUCGAUGUAUAUAUAAAAUGUCAACGUUAAUACCAGCCCACCAGACCAAAGCACAUAAGUUAGGACAACGGCUCACUGAAAAAAAGAUAUUUGUGUACCGUGAUGUCAUUACUCACAAAAUGUAUACUAGUUUAGUAUUUCCCUAUAAAAUAUAUAUUUCACAUUGAAUUCUAAGAUAGGGUUUGAAUCAGCCCUGUUUGCAUCAAAUCAAUUGAUAUGUUGUCCUUAACUAAUUAAUAUAAAUUAACCCCUAUAUAAAUUAUAUUGUAGAGAAAAUACUAAAACCAACUAAGAAUUUGAUAUAAUGAGUUUCCUAAGAAAAUAGAAACAUUAUGCGUGUUUGUUGACAAACAAAAACAAUACAUAAAAAUUGAAGAAAAAAUGUUUGUUAAAAAAAGAAAUGAAGAAAAUAGAAAAAUGCAUUUUAAGGAACAAACUAAGAUUGCACGUUAGGCCUUUCUACAAGAUAAUUAAACUAUAUACAUUCACUUUUAUGGCUUCACGUGUCAUAAAGAGAGCAAGGAAAGGUACGUAGUCGUGUGCUGAAAAUCGGACGAUGACGGUGAAUAUAGUUGAAAAGCUCAACUAACAACACAUUUCACUCAGCUAAUAUAUAUCUUGUUUAUUACCCAUACAUUUAUUUCAUGAACUCAUGUGUUUGUGUUCUUCCCUUCAUGAGCUAUAUUUUUGUGUUUUCAUUUUUCUCUGUUCCAUAUAAAAUUAAAAUAAACUAGAUUGUUAUUGAUCGAUCUAUGGCGAAGUUGACAAAGAGAAUAGGUGCGCUUGUGCUGCGGUUAGCGGCCUUUGGGGCGGCUCUCGCUGCUUUGAUAGUUAUGGUCACUAGCCGCGAGAGAGCUUCCUUCUUUGCCGUCUCUCUUGAAGCUAAGUACACCGAUAUGGCCGCCUUUAAGUAUUUUGUGAUCGCGAACGCUGUCGUGAGUGUUUACAGCUUUCUAGUUCUGUUUCUUCCUAAGGAGAGUUUACUGUGGAAGUUCGUCGUCGUCUUGGAUUUGGUGAUGACAAUGCUACUAACGUCAAGCAUAUCAGCGGCGUUAGCGGUGGCGCAAGUAGGAAAGAAAGGAAACGCAAACGCAGGUUGGCUUCCAAUUUGCGGCCAAGUUCCAAAGUUUUGCGAUCAGGUCACCGGAGCUCUCAUUGCCGGCUUCGUCGCACUCGUCCUCUACGUCUUGUUACUCUUAUACUCUCUUCACUCCGUCGUCGAUCCUUUUCUUCUCCAGAAAUCUUGAAUCUAACUUUUUUUUUCACUUUCAGUAUCGGUUAAUAUACGUUUUAAUAUCUAUGUAAUAUGUCGUUUGUGUAUUGUAUUUAUAUGUUUUCUGUUUUGUGUCGAGAUUGUCAUAGUUAUUGCUUUUUUUAUGGACUAAUUAACAUUAUAGACUGAACCAUUCUCAUAAACUCUUACA